UUAACAGGGCAGCUGUGUGAAAGGUGGCAAGCCAGCAGUUUCUACACAAUGGUUCUGGGGUCCCGGGGUGACUAAUUCAAUCUGGUGGUGGCAGAAGGCCUCCCUUACGGAAGGGGUUCUUGAACGCAAGUCCAUGGGCAUAAUGCAGGGUGAUCAUGAACCCGAGUGGGAAAAAAAAAAUGUGCAUCAGUCAUACUGGAAAUUAGUAUUUCCUUUGAUUAUGAAUGCAGGUGACAGACCACAGUAGUAUCAGCACCGGUGACUCUGUUAUUCAGGUAAAUCAUAGAUGUUUUUAUAUUGUAGUUGGUGUAGAUGUUUCAGAAUAUUACUUAUGCUCAUUACUUUUUGGAAAUUCCAGCAGUUGAUUCAUUCUUGAUACUUAAUGUGUAAAAAGAAGCACAUCCUUGGUGUUUUAUUAUUUUUGAACAUUGUAUUCCGGUAUAAUUAGCCUUUAAAGUAACCCUGUGUGUUUUAUUUUAUGCUUUCACAACAUCAUUCCGAGUAAGAACCCAUAAGUAUCACCAGACUGACAAAGGAGGCCAUUGAACAGAAAAGGUUACAAACUCUGAUUUAGAAGAUCUUUGCUAACCUGCAUCUUGAUUGAUAGGACCCUCGAGGACAGGGAUUUUUUCUUCUUUUUCUUUUUUUCUUUUCUUUCUUUCUUUUGUAAUCUCUCCACCUAGUGUGGGGCUCAAACUCACAACCCUGAGAUCAAGAGUCUCAUGCUCUUCGACUGAGCCAGUCAGGCGUCCCGACCACAGGGAUUUUUCAUCAUUUCUUCUGUGAGGCCUACAGUGUUGCAUUAGUAAAGCUUUCACACUCCAGAUUUUCUUUCACAGAACACAGGUGUCCUGUGUUUGUGGCAUUUGCACCCUUCUGUAGGGCCCUGUGUCUCCCUGUGACACUUCUGCUCAGCCCUCCCCACAGAAACCUCUCAGAUUGUCCCCAGCCACCUGCAGCAUCCUUGGCUCUGUGGACGGUGAGUCUCUCCAGAGCAGGGACUAUGCAUACAGCGACUCAGUCAGUGUCCGCUGAAUGAAUGAUGGCUACAGGGUGUGAACCGUUCUGGAGACCCAGAGCUUUGGGGCCCAGAAGAAAGGACUCCAUAAAGUCAAGUUCCCUCUUGAGCCCACAGGUCCCCGGAGUGCGGGAACCACCCAGGCUGGGGAGCAUGCAGGGGAAGGCAGGUCCUUCUGAGCCCAGGUAGCCAUCUGACAUUCCUUGUCAGAGCUUGGAGAACCUCAAGAAUGAAGAAGGCCCAGAUCUUCUGCUUCUCUGGCUUAGGAAGAUCAGAGGAUAUAUAAAAUUGCUGCUGCUCUGGGAAAACCUGGGAGAGGUAACCAUGGAGACUUUGACCUCAAGGCCUAGGGAGAGAGGUUGAGAGUUCAUGAAGGGGGUGCAGUGGGGGAGAAUCGAGCCGGGUGUGGAGAGAGAAGAAACCAGUUCGUGACGCAGCAGACGUUGCUGAGGUCCAGGUAGAGAGUCUGCAAACACAGGCAGGAGCCCCAUCUUCUCAUGGCCUUCCUUCUCCUCCCGCAGCUCUCCGUUCUCAAGCCUCAGCUCUUUCCCAGGAUGGGGAGGACAGGACAGUUUCAGAUCAAAGAUUUGAAAGGUCACCUCUCACUGUUAGCCAGAUGGAGAGAUGGUGCGUUCACACCAUUGAAAGGGGCAUUUUUAGUCUUCUUGGAAGUUCUGCACACGUCUGCUCCAAUAUUUCCUACUCUUAAGAAUUCAUUCCAAAUCAGAGAGCGAGUAUUCAAAGACUGAUCAUUGCAACGUUGUUCGUAACAGCAAAAAAAAAAAAAAAAAAGAAAAAACCGUGGGGUGGACUCCAUGUCCGUCCAUUGGAUUGAUGUUGGAUUGAUGGACUGUUAUCAUUUUGUUUCUUCUCACGUCCAGGUCCUGUGCCGCUGUCAAAUGAGGUCACAAGCGGAUGAAAAUAUCAGGACAUGAAAAGACGCGCUCGCUCUCUCUCUCACAUACACACACACCGUAGAUCUGUGCACAUGUGUUAACUCAUUUUUCCUUUGGGUUGCAAGAAAAAGAAAGCAAUUUGCAAAAUUUUAAGUACGUGCUCUUUUCGGCGCGUGCAAAAUUAUUUUACAAAGCUUCCUUUUUUUACGAAAAGACGUUAUGGAAAAAUUCGGAAGGUUUGAGUUACUUCCUUACUGUACGCUUUAAUUGUAAAUGUUAUUGGGGAACUUCCCGCCACGAGGGCUGAAGAAAUUAACACGGUUCUACUUCCCACCAGCUCCUGGUAUGAUCCUGUCGUUACCGUCAUCACCUUCUGACGGUUGUCACCACCGAUUCCCACAGUGAGCUUGUGUCAGUUCUCUCCGCCACCGGUCUUUGUCCGGUCAUUGUCCGCCACCUGUCUCUGGUUUCUGUAGUCCUGGCGUCACUGACUUGCCUGUUGGCUGGCUCAGCGUCAUUCCACGAUUUGCUUUUCCCAAAGAAGACUUGCGGAUCGGAUGCCGUCUCCGCUGACCGUUUCUGUGCUGAACAAUGUCUGUGCCUUUAGGCGAACGGAAUUUGCGGAUGGCACGUUGGCGAAGCUGAAGAGUCUUCAUUCAUACUUUCGGAACUGGCAUUAAGUCUCAUGCUGGUCUUUCUCUCCCUUCUCCGUUCACCUUCUGGAGCCAUUGACCUUCAAGGAUGUGGCUGUGGUCUUCACCGAGGAGGAGCUGAGGCUUCUAGACCCCACCCAGAGGAAGCUGUACCGAGAUGUGAUGCUGGAGAACUUCCAGAACCUGCUCUCUCUGGGAGACAAGAAUGAAAAGGAUCUGGAGUAUAUUCAAGAAAGGGAACUUAAGUGCCUUUCCUACAGAGAGCUGUGCUACUGGAAAAUCGGGGAACAGGCGGCUGGUGAAUUAACUGGGAGUCAAGACCGUAGAGUGAAUCUUCAAGGGAAGGAUUUCCAGUUCUCGGAGGACGCUUCUCCCUGCCAGGGGUGGGAAGCAGCAUCUCCUCGGGGUUUGCAAAUUGACAAUCUGGCCGGCGGUCUUCAAGGACCCAUCAGUUUGGACAAUCAAGCGUUUCCACCCUGGAAAGCUAUAAGACCGGUGUCCGUUCAAGAAUCUUGGAUGAAGGCCUUUGUGAACGAGUCGUGGAAUGUUCUGGAAGGGUGUAAAAAACUUGACACGCAGGGUACAACGCAUCAACCCGAGUGGGACGGUUUCGGCUUCCGCUGGGUAUCACGUUGUCACGAUGACCACAGGUUACCGGAAAGAGAGAGACCGUGUGAUCGCGAGCGCUGUGGAAGAGACGGCCUGAAAAAGUCAACCCUCCGUCACCCUGCCCCGGAAGAGGAUGACCGGAGAAGCGGCGAACGCGGAGACGGCCUCCGGGGCGCCUUGCACCUUCCCGCCCAGCCCAGCGCUCCCUGGAAAGAGAAAGCCCGCAGAUAUCCCGAGGGUGGUACGGGCUUGAGGCAGACCGCCCACCUCGAGAGGCCCCAGAGGACCCCCACGGACGAGAAGCCCUCCAAGGGUAAGGAGCGCGCCCGGGGCCUCCGGCAGAACGCGCGCGGUCCCAGCCGGCCCCGGGCCCCCGCCGGGGAGAUGCCCUACCGAUGCGACGUGUGCGGGAAGGGCUUCCGGUAUCAGUCGAUUCUGCUCAUCCACCAGGGCGUGCACACGGGAAAGAAGCCCUACGCGUGUGAGGAGUGCGGGAAGGCCUUCGGCCGAAGCUCAAACCUGCUCGUCCACCAGCGGGUCCACACCGGCGAGAAGCCCUACAAGUGCGGCGAGUGCGGGAAGGGCUUCAGCUACAGCUCGGUGCUGCAGGUGCACCGGCGGCUGCACACGGGCGAGAAGCCCUACGCGUGCGGCGAGUGCGGCAAGGGCUUCUACGCCAAGUCCGCGCUCCACAAGCACCGGCACGUGCACCCGGGGGAGAAGCCCUUCGGCUGCGGCGCCCAGUGCGGGAAGGGCUCCUCGUGCGGCUCCCACCCGAGCAGCCACCAGAAGGCGCACGCGGGCCAGAAGCCCUACCGGUGCGACCAGUGCGACAAGGGUUUCAGCUACAACUCGUACCUCCGGGCCCACCAGCGGGUUCACACGGGGCAGCGCCUCUUCGACUGCGACGUGUGCGGGAAGAGCUUCAGCUACAGCUCGGGGCUGCUCCGGCACCAGAGGCUGCACACGGGGGAGAAGCCCUACAAGUGCGAGUGCGGGAAGGGCUUCGGCCGGAGCUCGGACCUCCACGUCCACCAGCGGGUCCACACCGGGGAGAAGCCCUACAAGUGCGGCGAGUGCGGGAAGGGCUUCCGGCGCAAUUCGGACCUCCACAGUCACCAGAGGGUCCACACCGGGGAGAGGCCGUUCGUGUGCGACGCGUGCGGGAAGGGCUUCAUUUACAGCUCCGACCUCCUCAUCCACCAGAGGACCCACACCGGCGAGAAGCCCUACAAGUGUGCCGAGUGCGGCAAAGGCUUCAGUUACAGCUCGGGGCUGCUCAUCCACCAGAGGGUCCACACCGGCGAGAAGCCCUACGAGUGCGAAGCGUGCGGGAAGGGUUUCCGGUGCACGUCAAGCCUCUACAAACAUCAGCGGAUCCACACGGGGAAGAAGCCGUACACGUGUGAUCAGUGUGGCAAGGGCUUCAGUUACGGCUCAAAUCUUCGCACCCACCAGAGACUGCACACGGGGGAGAAGCCCUACACGUGUUACGAAUGUGGCAAGGGCUUCAGGUACGGCUCUGGUCUCCUCAGUCACAAGAGGGUGCACACCGGAGAGAAGCCCUACCGAUGCGACGUGUGUGGGAAGGGCUACAGUCAGAGCUCACAUCUCCAAGGCCACCAGAGGGUCCACACCGGCGAGAAGCCCUACAGAUGCGAGGAGUGCGGGAAGGGCUUUGGGCGAAGCUCCUGUCUUCACGUCCACCAGAGGGUCCACACCGGCGAGAAGCCCUACAAGUGCGGGGAGUGCGGGAAGGGCUUCAGUUACAGCUCGGGGCUGCGGAACCAUCAGCGAGCGCACGCCGGCGAGAAACCGGAGAAGCAGACACGCGCUGAGGCAGAACUCAGAACUUGACGCCCGUCUGAGCGCCGACGCAGGAGGAAGGCUUUGCGAACGGGAUGCGCAGGGAGGGCUCCGGUGGAGGGUGACCCAUCACGGCAGUUGGCCUGCCCAGGAAGGGAAGGGACGAUCCGGCAGGUUGAUAGA